AUGGCGGUCAAGUUGCAUAGUGUUGGUGUUCCCUUGGAAGAAAGUGUUUUACAUUGUCAGGCGAAGACAUCGUGUUACGUAGAUAGUGACAUCAUAUCAUCUGGCACUCUUUAUGUUACCUCAAGUAAUGUUUUAUGGAUGAAUGAUGAGCAGAAGGGAUUUGCAGUGAAUUACGAUUCAAUUUCAGUACAUGCAAUAUCAAAGGCCAUCAAUUAUUUUCCCCACCCAUGUAUCUAUAUGAUGGUCAGCGAGUUAUCCUGUGAAUAUGAUAAAGCUAGAAAUAAAAAUUGCAACUUAGAGGCAAAUGGUCAUGAUGUAGAAAAAGAUGAUGAGGAUGAGGAAGAUGAUGAUCAUGAAGACAGGAUCAUUGAUCUGAGAUUCGUGCCGAGUGACGUUAACUCCUUAAAUGCGAUAUAUGAAGCUAUUAACAAAGGUAGUUGUUUGAAUCCUUGUGCUGAAGAUGCAGAUCUAUCUGAAGAUGAUAACUUUGAGCCAGUUGAAGAGAUGGGGCAAGGUGAUGGUGUUGAGAAUGCAAAUGGAAAUGAUGAUGUCGAGGAUGAAAAUGGCGAAGGGGACCCAGACCAAUUCGCGAAUGCCGAUGAAGAAGAAGGCGGAGCUGCUGAUGUUGAUGAAAGUGCAAUGGAAGGAUGA